AUGGACGUGAGUGUCGAGGCACCGCCCGAGGCUCUUUCCUAUCGUUAGCACACGUGCUGACCUUUUCAACAUUCAUGCUGAACACUAAUUCGUUUGCAGGGCAUUCUCGAUUUCAGCCAGGAUCUUGAUGUUAGCCUGCUGGACCGGGUGGUCGGCGCCAUGUUUGGCAGCGCCCGUGAAGACGUGAGUGCCCUCCACGCCACUGGCGUUUCGCGGCGAUCAAUGGUCGGUACGGAGCUCAGGAAGCUCAUCCUUGGUCGGGUUUCACACCAUUAUCAUAGCAACGUAUGGCGCAACAAGUUCUUGCUCAGUUCCAGGAGCAUCCGGAGGCGUGGCAACGGGUUCCCGCCAUUCUUCAGCAGAGUUCGAGCGAACACUCAAAGGUGAGUCCCUCAACGCACUUGCUCAGAGGUCAACGCUGCUUCAGGAGCGAUGUGUCGGGACAUAGCAAAGGCUUCACGUAGUCUGGCACACUCCCUGAGCUGAUCUCGGGUCUUUGCACGUUUGCUCCCAGUACAUCGCUUUGCAAAUCCUUGACAAACUGAUUCUGACCAAGUGGAAGGCUCUGGCCGAGGAUCAGCAGCAAGGUGAGUAUCGCUUUGGCGAACUCCAGUCGGGCGAGCUGCUGACACUCAGCUGCUGAUCCCGUCUCAUAGGCAUUCGCAACUUCAUCGUCGAGACGAUCAUUGGUGUUUCGUCCGAUGAGGCUUCGCUCAGGGCACAGCGCACCUAUCUCAAGAAGCUGAACGUGACGCUGGUGCAAAUUCUGAAGCAGGAGUGGCCCCACAAAUGGCCGACAUUCAUUUCCGACAUCGUCUCGUCGUCACGCACCUCUCUGUCCAUCUGCCAGAACAACAUGGCUAUUUUACGCUUGUUGUCGGAGGAGAUCUUCGACUUUUCGCCCGAGCAGAUGACCACGACAAAAACCCAAAACCUCAAGAACCAAAUCUGCGGAGAGUUCGCAGAGGUGUUUCAAUUGUGCACCGAGGUCCUCGAGAAGGCUCAAAGGCCCAGCCUUAUCCAAGCCACUCUGGAAACUAUGCUCAAAUUCUUGAACUGGAUUCCCUUGGGUUACAUUUUUGAGACCAACGUAAUUGAUCAGCUGAUCAACAGGGUGAGUGGCGCUUAUCGACGCAGGAGCUGCCUCUGGGCUAGUCCAAUUCGUCGCAGACGCGGAAUCCAUGGCCACUUGUAAUUCACGUGCGAUUUGCCACUGACGCCAAUCUUCUGCAUCACAGUUCCUUGAAGUACCAGAAUAUCGCAAUGUGACACUGAAGUGCUUGUCGGAAAUCGCUGGCCUUCAGAUCAAGACUAACUCGUACGAUGAGAAGUUCGUCGUCCUGUUCAAUAUGGUCAUGACCUCGGUCAAUCGCAUGAUCCCUCCAAGCACGAGUGAGUCGUAACCCUGAAGAUCUCACUGCUCCAGUUGCGCUCCUCGCUGACACACGGAUGCUGUGUUGAACAGACUUCGCCGAAGCGUACGAGUCUUCGUCAAACGAUGACCAAGAGCUGAUUCUCAACUUGGCAUUGUUCCUGUGCAACUUCCUUAAUGAGCGCUUGCACCUUGUGGAAAAUGCGGAGAAUCGCGAGGUCCUUCUCAAUGCGCACCUUUACCUGAUCAAAGUGUCUCAAGUGCCGGAACGAGAGAUUUUCAAGAUCUGUCUCGAGUACUGGUCGAAGCUCGUUGCGUCUGUGAGUUUGCUGGGGCAACGCGCGCGUGUCGCGGCACUGAAAACUAUUGCGUCACGUUGCUUCAGCUUUACGAGGAGAUGCAAACGCUUCCCAUGGCAGAAAUGAAUCCCCUUAUUGGGCUGAGCUUGGGCAACGGGUCCUCUGGCGCUGCCGCUUCGCUCGAUUUAAGGAAGCACACGUACGCUCAGAUUCUCAGCAAUUUGCGUCUAGUCAUGAUCGAACGCAUGGUCAAGCCUGAAGAGGUGAGUUUGGUUGCUUUGAUAGCCUCUGGACAGCUCCUGUUGCUGACAGUAUGCGCGAAUCGCCUCCAGGUCCUGGUGGUGGAGAACGACGAAGGAGAGAUCGUACGAGAAUUCAUGAAAGAGAGCGAUACCAUCGUGUUGUACAAAUCCAUGAGAGAGGUGCUGGUCUACUUGACGCAUCUGGACACCCUCGACACGGAGGAGAUCAUGACACAAAAGCUGUCCAAGCAAGUAGACGGAUCCGAAUGGAGCUGGGGCAACCUCAAUACAUUGUGUUGGGCGAUCGGCAGUAUCUCGGGUGCAAUGAGUGAGUCGUCGUCUCGACUCAGCGAGCGAGAAGGCGUGCCGCUGCUGAUGCAUCGCUGGCUAUGCCCACAGGCGAAGACGCAGAGAAGCGGUUCCUGGUCACAGUCAUCAAGGAUCUCCUGGGCCUCUGCGAGAUGAAGCGCGGAAAAGACAACAAGGCGGUCGUCGCUUCGAACAUCAUGUAUAUAGUGGGCCAAUAUCCACGCUUCCUGAAAGCUCACUGGAAAUUCCUGAAGACAGUGGUCAACAAGAAUUUCGAGUUCAUGCACGAGACCCACGAGGGUGUGCAGGACAUGGCAUGCGACACAUUCAUCAAGAUCGCUCAAAAAUGUAGACGACACUUCGUUAUGCAACAAAAGGACGAACAGGAGCCUUUCAUCGACGAGAUCCUUCGUACGUUGCACCGCAUCACUGUUGAUCUUCAAGCGCAUCAAGUCCACACCUUCUACGAAGCGGUCGGAUACAUGAUUGCUGCACAACCAAACAAGCCGACUCAGGAACGCUUGAUCAGCAAGCUGAUGGAAUUGCCAAACAGUGCUUGGGACUCUCUCAUGUCCCAAGCACACAGCAAUGUUGACGUCCUCAACAAUUCUGAAAACAUCAAGAUCCUGUCGAAUGUCCUCAAGACGAAUGUCUCGGCUUGUUUCUCCAUCGGCACCUACUUCCUACCACAAAUCGGCAGAAUCUAUCUCGAUAUGCUCGCGCUCUACCGAAGCGUAAGCGGAGUCAUCAGCGCCAAGGUGGAAUCAGACGGCCUCAUCGCUACAAAGACUCCUUUGGUGCGCGGCUUGCGCACGAUAAAAAAGGACAUAUUGCAUCUGGUCGAGACUUACGUCAAGCGCGCCGAAGACCUGGAGCAGGUGAACGUCAAUCUGAUCCCCUCUCUUCUGGACGCGAUUCUCGGGGACUAUCACAACAAUGUGCCGCCUGCGAGAGAGGCUGAGGUGCUCAACGUCAUGACCACUAUCACCACUCGCCUCGGUGCACUGCUCACCGACAAGAUCUCGCCGAUACUCGAUGCAGUCUUUGAGCCCACGCUAGGCAUGAUCAACCGAGACUUUGCAGAGUACCCGGAGCAUCGUGUUGGCUUCUUCAAGCUGCUGCGCGCCAUCAAUGCACAGUGCUUCCCAGCCAUGCUCUCUCUGGACCCAUCCAAGUUCAAGCUCUUCGUCGAUGCCCUCGUAUGGGCUUUCAAACAUGCUCAACGCGACGUUGCCGAGCAGGGACUCAACACCAUGCUGGAGCUGUUUGCCAAUGUCGCUCAGGAAAGCGCGGAAGUCAGUGCAGGCUUCUACCAGCAAUACCUUUUGCCAGUCGUGCAAGACGUGUUUUUCGUUCUGACAGAGCCAGAUCACAAAGCUGGCUUCAGACUGCAGUGCAUGCUCCUGGCUCGAAUCUUUGCGACCGUUGCAUUCGAAAAGGUCUCUGUGCCAUUGGCAGAAGGGGUUACGGACAAUCACUCGUACCUGCUGCAGUACUGCUCCAAUUUGUAAGUGACUGGGACCCUUCAAGUGGGGUGUCUGCAGAUGCUGACAAUGUUCUACGAGCUUUCAACAGGCUCAAGACUGCUUUCCCGCACGUCGACCCCAAAUAUGUCGACUCGUUCCUCGAAGGCUUGUCGAAGCUCAGCGUCUCACAAGAUCCCACAAUGCGCGCGCUGACCUUCCGCAAGGCUGAGCUGCGCGACCUCAACAUGCACGAAGCCUACCACUCUGACCUCAACGGUCGUGACUCUCAAUUCCGGUCAGUUUGCAAAGCGAUGUUGGUGCUGUUUUGCCUUUCAAGCUUACCCUGGCAUUUUCUCGUUCAGCUCUCUCAUGCGCGACUUUCUGCUCACGACGCGUGAGCUGGCCGGCUCGGAGGGAGAUAAUCAGGAUCUCUUUCAGGAUGACAAGGCGGAGAAGGCUGCUGCUGAGGCUGCAGAAGCUAGAGAGAAGGCUGCAGCUGUGCCUGGUAUGCUCAAGCCAUCUGAGAUCACUAAGGAUGAAGACGAGGAAAUCUGA